GAGACAGGGUGGGUGCGCAAGAAACGCAAGAAGCGCGCGUGGCGACACACACAGCUCAAUACGUUCCGUCUUUCGCAGAAUGGCUCAGCGCGUGCCGUCUGACUCAACUCAGUCUAUCGGUGAGAUGUUUUCGUAAUCCGUCGGGGCACGCGAGGAAUCACUGCACUUUCCCCUCUCUUCAGGCGGGCCUAUCCACGAGACCGUGUCCAUUGUUCCCGGGGUGAGGGUCAAGAGGCGUCAUUGCUACAAGAUCCUUAUCUACCUCAUCAGAGGCGCGCAGCUCUGUCGCCGUUUAUCCACGGAUGUGUAAUCUGAGGAUUUAAGGACAGUGCCUGUGUAAAUGUCAGCGCAGAAAAUCAUGAAUAUACAAGACGUGAAAAUAAGCAAACACCAGCACCGUAAGUAGAAGGACGUUUUAGUUGCUUUUAAGAGAAACGCUGCUAAGUUUAGACCUGUUGGGAUAUUAUUGGGCAUAAAACAAAGAGUAUGAGCCGUGGAAGACUGGACUGAAAUAUUACAAGGACGUCAACAAACAGGAGUGCAAACCAGUUUGUUCAUCUGGAGAAUUCAAGUUAAAGUCCACGGAGACAUCGGACCAGGUUUAUUAUCACAAACGGGCGCAGGUGUACUACGUCAAUCUAUUCGGAUCUAGCCCCACAUCUACGCUCAAAAUGAUGCUAAGUCCAGACCAAACUGACUCGGACCUUCCGUGGGGACAGUCCGAUCCGGAGACCGUCCUAAAUGUGAUCAAAGUCGAAUGUGUGCCUGCCCAGCCAGGAGGAGACAGCAAGUCCCGUUUGCCUGAUCCGCCCCUGACGCGUGAGGAGAAGAGACGGCGGCGACGCGCCACCGCAAAGUAUCGGUCCGCACACGCCACAAGAGAGCGGAUUCGGGUGGAGGCAUUUAAUGUGGCCUUCGCCGAGCUGAGGAAACUUCUGCCUACACUUCCUCCUGACAAGAAGCUCUCCAAGAUCGAAAUCCUGCGCUUGGCAAUCUGCUACAUCUCUUACUUGAACCACGUGUUGGACGUGUAAAGGCAAGAGAUAAUCAGAGACAUUCAAAGACGAUAACAUUUGAUAUAAACAACAACAACAACAACAACACACACAGACACACACACACACACAUGCGCGUGGAUGGAAACAAUGCAUUUCCAUUUGGGUUGUCAAGAGGGAAAAAACAAACAAACCCUAGUUUAUCACUAUUAUCUACGUGUCCAGAUGCCGGGCUGAUGCUGCUCGCAAAGGGAAGGUGUGGGAGGUUAGCGAGACCUGUAGCCGCGUAGCGAGCCCCAGGGCAUCGGGCCGCGUGAAUGAGUGGAGCGCAAUAACAAGCGAGUCUUGUGCCUGGAGACAAAUGCGUGUGGGUUUCCAAGACAAUACUGUUCAUUCCCAAGUCCCACGGGGCUUACGCAUCUCCCUGUGCCGGCACUGCCUCAGAGAGCAAUGGGAAGAGCAAGGAACACAAGAACCCCUUGUCUCCAUCCUUAAGCAGGACAAUGAAAUGCCCAUUAAAAAUGAAAAAGGAGAACAUAUGAGAAAAAGACAGAGAAAAAAAUAAACAACGUUCUAAGUGCCACCUAUUAUGAAAUAAUGACCUUAACCGUGGUUUUGAUUUAUUUAUGAUGUAUGGAUUAGCCUUUUAUGUUGAUAAAUAAUUUAUGUUUUUUAGAAACGUGUCCUUUUCGACCUGUCAGGUAUUUACGUCUAGCCUACAAAUGAUUAUAUUUAUUAAUGUAUCAUUAUUUAUGUACUUGUUUGUUUAUUUAUUUAAUUAUUUAUUUAUUAGACUGUGGUGUGUGAACAACGGAAGUGAUGUUGUUGCUCUUCAAUUGCACUUUUCAGUGAUGUUUUGUCAAUUGUAGGCUUAAUUGUUGUGAGACGAGCAAUUCGUUUAUUGUGAAUAUUUUAUUUCUGAUCAUAUCGAUGAAAACGAGAAGCACUUCUCCCACUGGGUGAAACCCGUUGAUAUUCUUUAUGUGUUCAUGAGAUGGUAAAAUAACUUGGAUAAUCUGUGGCCUACAAUGAAUCACGUCAUUAAUAUAAGAAAAUGUUUCUGUGCAGGUAUGACAUAGGAUUAUUACAGUAUAUUCUUGUUUUGUUUUUUUUUCUUCAGAAAAACAGAAAAUUUGAAGGGAAUGCAAUAAACAAUUCAAAAGGCUAUAGAGUUCCAAGAGACACCAACUCUGCUGCGACCAAAAAUUGAUUUCAAAGUAGAUUAUUUUUAUUGACAUGUGAUUCCUAGAAAUCGUUUAUUUAUUUACGUGUCUGUUGUGAACCUCUUACGUCACUAAUUUUAUAGAGGAAAAAAAGGAAACAUCAUAUC